AUUUUAAGGAAUCUUCCUUUCCUCUGCCUUCUGAAUUUUCAAACCCUAACAAAACCAGAGACUCACUCUUCGUUUUAUUAUAUAUAAUAACCCAGAAUUCCAAAUCCAUCUCGCAUCAGGUGUUACCCCGUUGACCCUUGAAGAUCUUUCUCAAUUCCGUAUUUGAGUGUGGGUUCGAAGUUCUUUUGAUGUGUUUUGUUCUGGGUUUUUGAAUCAUGGAGUUUGCGGUAUCGGAUGAAUUGUUGGGCACUUUUGUUCCAAUCCUGGUGUAUUGGAUGUAUUCGGGGAUAUACGUGCUUCUGGGAUCCUUUGAGAAUUACAGAUUGCAUUCUAAGAAAGAUGAGGACGAGAAGAAUUUGGUUUCCAAAGGCACAGUCGUCAAAGGGGUUCUUUUUCAACAAACCAUUCAGGCUAUUGUAGCAAUCAUUUUGUUUACGGUGACAGGAGAUGAUGGUGGGUCUGCCACAGGGCAGCAGUUUUCCUUGAUUGUCUUAGCAAGGCAGUUCAUCACGGCAAUGUUGGUUUUGGAUACUUGGCAAUAUUUCAUGCAUAGAUACAUGCACCAUAACAAGUUCUUAUAUCGGCACAUUCAUUCUCUCCAUCAUCGGCUUGUUGUUCCCUAUGCAUUUGGAGCUUUGUACAAUCAUCCAAUUGAGGGGCUUCUCCUUGACACCAUAGGUGGGGCCUUAUCUUUUCUCCUUUCUGGCAUGUCUGCCCGAGCCUCAAUCUUUUUCUUCUCUUUUGCUACGAUCAAAACAGUGGACGAUCACUGUGGGCUAUGGCUCCCUGGGAAUCUAUUCCACAUCUUCUUUAGAAACAAUACUGCAUAUCAUGAUGUCCACCAUCAGCUUUAUGGAAGCAAAUAUAACUUCUCACAACCAUUCUUUGUCAUGUGGGAUAGAAUUCUGGGAACAUACAUGCCUUACUCACUUGAGAAGAGAGCAGAAGGGGGCUUUGAAGCACGAGCUGCUAAAGAGUACAAAGAUGAUUAAUCAGUAUGUUUUGAGCAUCAUCUAUCACAAUUACAAAUUGUACCUCUAGUUUUUUUACUUUUCCUUUCAAGUCCCUUAUUGAUGAGCCACACCAUGCAUGUGAUGUAUGUACUUAAUAUCGUUCUGCUCUAUAGUUUUCUUCUAUUUUUGUCCAUAGAAUUAAUAAUGAGAUUGAUAGCCUUGUACGAAACAUAACAUGUGUUGUUCUCUUAACAUUUUUGCUUCUGGCAAAGAGGUCCACUUGCCUGCUUGGAUU